CAUCUAUUGAGCAAUCAAAGCAGAUAUUGAAACAGCAGUCAUGCGCGACUCGUUCAUUUCAGCGCAUUCACUUGCAGCAGUCAGUUGCGGGCGUUUCUUCAGCAAAACUGAAACAUAAAGAAUGAACAUGACCUUGGCAUUGGUGACGCUUCUGCUGAUCAUAGGAGGUCUUGCAGUGGGACAAACAGCUGUGGACUCUAAAGAGACAGGCUUUGCUGGACAUGAUGUACUUUUACCUUGCCCCUGUUCUGAUGAACAUAACAAACUGUUGUGGCAGAAGGAUGAGAUAGUAGUAAACAUUUAUCCCCAAGACGAAAUCGACAAGGACUCCAUAGACCAGUCCUACAAGGACAGGACUUGGCUGUUCCAGAAUAAGGAGAAAAGGAACUGCUCCCUGCUACUCCUCGACUUGUCUGUCACAGAUUCAGGGGUGUACACGUGUUAUCCUUUAGUCAGUGUUGGUGAAGGAAUCUGGACAAAGAAGUUGUUUAGUGUUAAUCUAACAGUGUCUGAUCAUAACAAAACAGAACACUCUGAACAGGCACGUGACCAGAACGGGACAAAACCUGACACAAAUGUCUCUGUUGGUGUUCUCAUACUGAUAGUAAUGCUAAUUCUAGCUGUUGGCCUCCUUCUAACCCUGCUGAUCAGAAGGAGACAUCUGAAAAACACGAACACCACCUCAGAUUCACCAUCGGAUCCUAUGAUUGUGUGCAGACAACUUGCUUGAAAGUAUCAUGGAGAAACUUCCAUGGUGUAAUGCAAGGUUCUUCACUGUGACAGCAACAUGGACUAUAUUAGGCUGACAUGUCAGCCUUUAACAAUGCCUGGGCAUUACAGAGUGGUGUGUGCUGAUCAUACUUCUUGUUUCUUAAGACGUUACUUGAUUAACUAUGGUUGGAUUACCGCUCGAGGAUAUUAGGUGUAGUGGGAGGAAUAACACACUGUGAAGAUGCAGUUUGUUAGCAUUAUAGUUUUGUAAAUCGACAGGAUUUUCCUUUGAGGAACUGUCUUCUGUAAAUCUUUAUUCAUUCUUUUAAGAACAGGUAUAACAGGCAGGGGAUGUUGAUGUGCAGUUUAUAUUUUCCACAUUCCUCUCUAAGAGUGAACAUGUCAUGGAAUGCUGAAUUGAGACUCGGAAGUCUCAAUUUCAAACAGGCUUUGCAAACGUCUUUAUUAUUGUUCAUAUUGUACUGCAAUCAUGCAUUCUGCACACAUCUUUUAGGCUUUUUUUUUAUUUGAUUUUUUUACAUGUACUCUUGUAUGGGUUGUUUUCCUCAGUUAUCUGAAUUUCAUUUAUAUGGAAGAAAUGUAUGGUACUCCCUAUGGGACAUUGCUGUUUUACUGUACAAAAUUUCACGUACUUUUAAAUGAGUUGCUAAGUGCUUCCAGCCUGCAGAGGCAAUACAUCUUUUACAUUUUUCUAUAUGUACUGUGUGGCUUCUUUCAUUCAUUCCACUCUCACACAAUGCCGUGCCCAAGCUCAUGCAGAGGUUGUUUAUUACUAAAUGUUUUUGGGUAAUCCCACAUUCUGUAUGAAUUCAGGUCAAGCACUUUAUUAUAAUUGUACAGGUACAACAAGAUUAUUAUUAAAGUUGGGGGCAGUGGUAGCUCAGCGGUUAAGGCUCUGGGUUACUGAUCAGAAGGUUGGGGGUUCAAGCCCCAGCACUGCCAAGAUGCCACUGUUGGGCCCUUGAGCAAGGCCCUUGACCCUAUCUGCUCCAGGGGCACCAUAUCAUGGCUGACCCUGCACUCUGACCCCAGCCUAGCUGGGAUAUGUGAAAAAGAAGAAUUUCACUGUAUAUGUGCAAAUGUAUAAUGUGUGAUAAAUAAAGAAAAUUAAUUAUAA